CCCUGUAGCUCCUGGGCGGGGUUUGCCAGUCACCGAUGCUGGAAGGGUUUCUUUGGCCCUGAGUGAAGAGAGACCCAGAGGGAACACCGAGGUGCCUGCCCAACCACUCUGUCCCGGUUUCCUUCGGCAGGACCAGGUGAGAGAAGCCAUGCUGGUCGUUCAGAUGCCUUUCUCCUUUCCCAUGGCCCACUUCAUCCUCUUUGUCUUUACGGUUUCCACUAUAUUUCACGUUCAGCAGCGGCUAGCGAAGAUUCAAGCCAUGUGGGAGUUACCGGUGCAGAUACCAGUGCUAGCCUCAACAUCAAAGGCACUGGGACCCAGCCAGCUCAGGGGGAUGUGGACGAUCAAUGCGAUAGGCCGCCUGGGGAACCAGAUGGGCGAGUACGCCACGCUGUACGCCCUGGCCAAGAUGAACGGGCGGCCCGCCUUCAUCCCGGCCCAGAUGCACAGCACCCUGGCCCCCAUCUUCAGAAUCACCCUGCCGGUGCUGCACAGCGCCACGGCCAGCAGGAUCCCCUGGCAGAACUACCACCUGAACGACUGGAUGGAGGAGGAGUACCGCCACAUCCCGGGGGAGUACGUCCGCUUCACGGGCUACCCCUGCUCCUGGACCUUCUACCACCACCUCCGCCAGGAGAUCCUCCAGGAGUUCACCCUGCACGACCACGUGCGCGAGGAGGCCCAGAAGUUCCUGCGGGGCCUGCAGGUGAACGGGAGCCGGCCGGGCACCUUUGUAGGGGUCCAUGUUCGCCGAGGGGACUAUGUCCAUGUCAUGCCAAAAGUGUGGAAGGGGGUGGUGGCCGACCGGCGAUACCUACAGCAGGCCCUGGACUGGUUCCGAGCUCGCUACAGCUCCCCCAUCUUCGUGGUCACCAGUAAUGGCAUGGCCUGGUGUCGGGAGAACAUUGACACCUCCCACGGUGAUGUGGUGUUUGCUGGCGAUGGCAUUGAGGGCUCACCUGCCAAAGAUUUUGCUCUACUCACACAGUGUAACCACACCAUCAUGACUAUUGGGACGUUCGGGAUCUGGGCCGCAUACCUCACGGGCGGAGACACCAUCUACCUGGCCAAUUACACCCUCCCCGACUCCCCUUUCCUCAAAAUCUUUAAGCCAGAGGCAGCCUUCCUGCCGGAGUGGACGGGGAUUGCCGCAGACCUGUCCCCCUUACUCAAGCACUAAUGCUGGCCCGUCCUUUGAGACCUUUUCUCCUUCUCUGACUCCCUCAAGAUGAGCACCUGGGCAUGAGAAGCACGUGGUUCCAUGAGCAGGACCCAUCUCUCUUCUGUGAAGAUGCGUUGGGCUGCAAGUAACAGAAAUCUCAGUGAACAGUGGCCUGGCGUGGUGGCUCAUGCCUGUAAUGCUCUCACUUUGGGAGGCCAGGGCGGGUGGAUCACUUGAGGUCAGGAGUUCAAGACUAGCCUGGCCAACAUGGUGAAACCCCAUCUCGACUAAAAAUACAAAAAUUAGCCAGGCGUGGUGGUGCACACUUGUAAUCCCAGCUACUCGGGAGGCUGAGGCAAGAGAAUCACUUUUGAACCCAGGAGGCGGAGGUUGCAGUGAGCCGAGAUGGUGCCGCUGCACUCCAGCCUGGGUGACAGAGCAAGACUCCAUCUCAAAAAAAAAAAAAAAAAAAAAAAGAAA